GUUCAAGAAACCAGUUUGAGAUGAUCUGAGCUUUGUGACAUGGUGCGUUAUCCUGCUGGAAGCAGCCAUCAGAAGAUGGGUACACUGUGGUCAUAAAGGGAUGGACACGGUCAGCAACAAUACUCAGGCCUCACAACACUGAAAGUCUGAAAUGGCCAAGAGACCAGCCCUGUCUACUGCAAAAGGUGGACAAAUUUACAUGGGAAGUGAAAUCGGAGAUUCAUUUUCACUUUUGGAUGUUGUCUAUGCAAAUCAGUUUGAAGGAGAGAUCAUAGAUCCAACAGUUGCUGAUCAGACCGAGGAGAACUUUUACAGAGGGGCCCCUCCUGAAUGGUUAAACUUUCACAUUAGUGACCAGGCAGUGUCAGAUGGCACGGGAACUCCUUUCAUCAGACGAGAUGGAUACGAUACACUCGUAGAACAAAUUCGCAAAAGGAGAAGAUACCCUGGAACACCCACAAUUAAAUUGUUCCACCAGCCAGGAUGUGGGGGGACGACACUGGCGAUGCAGGUGUUGUGGGACUUGAGGAAAACCUUCAGAAGUGCUGUUUUAACAGGCUCAACCUCAAACAUCACAAAAGUUGCGAAAGAAGUGGUCCACCUUUUCACAGCAGGCAGCCGAGGCCACCAGAACACUGUGCUGCUGUUACUGAAAGAUCAGUUCAUUUUGGAAGAUCUGCAAGACAGAAUUAUGGAAGAGAUUGCUGAACAGGAGAUAGACACUGAUAUGCCUGUGGUGAUUUUACUCAACUCUGUGAGAGCAAGUGACCAUGUAAUCCUCAAAAAGGAACAUUCUUUCAUAGUUAAACAAAAAGCUAAGAGGAAGGAGAGAAAAUUUGUCAUCCUCAAAAAAGAACUGUCAGAAACAGAGAAACAAAAAUUCAGUGAGAAAAAAGAGAAGCUCAGCAAAAAGUAUGGCGAUAAAUGCAAUCAAUUCCAUGGCUUCAACAUAAUGCAAACCAAUUUUUCUCAGGCUUACAUCCAUGAAGCAUGCUCUGUAAUCAGAAACAUCAAAAAAGCAAACAUACCAAAGAAGACCCAGCUUGCUGCCUUUCUAUCCCUGCUGAAUGCCUAUGUACCAGGCUCAUAUCUCCUGGAGUCUCAGUGCCUGGAUUUUUUCAAACAUGACGACUACAUCCAUGGAGACUUUUCACUGGAGGAUACAAUGGAGCCCUUUAGCCAUCUCAUCAUCACCUUCCAACCAGAUGGAUCUGAAAAGAGGGUCUGCAUGGCUCACCCUAUGAUAGCACAGUGCUGUACUGAAUUGAUGGCUGAGGCAGGUGUGACCAGAAGUGACACAGCAAGAAACCUCUUGAAGUGUUUGUGCGGAGAUGAUGUUCCUCCAUUUUUGGUUGGUUUUGUCAAAGACAUGCUCACCAAAAGGGAAAUUAAAAAAGAUGAAAAAAAUGACAAUGUAGAAAGGCAUCACAGAGGACCAAAGAGAAGAGAAGAUGACCAAGAGCUGUUUUCCAGACUGAUUCUAGAUAUAGAGGAGAUGGAAGACAAAAAACAGAGUGCAUCAGUUUUAAAAGUUGCAUCAAAUACAUUCGUUCAAAAUGCCUUGUUUCCACAAGCCCUCGCUCGCUUUUAUUACAAAGAACUACAAGAUUACAACAAGGCUGAAAUGUGGGCAAAAACAGCAAAGGAUAGAGAUCCCAAAAAAUCAUUCAUUGCGGAUACACUGGGCCAAGUCCAUAAGAACCAUCUGAAGAACAUAGAGUGUAAUGCCACACCAAGAGAGAUUUUGCAGCUGGCCACAAAGGCCAUUGAAGCUUUCGAAGAUGAAGAAAGACUUGCUGAAAACGAACAUGUGACAGACAUCAAAGAAGAUGGCAAGACCAGAGUCUUGCGUCCUUUUAACACCAGGGGGCAGUUUGGUUAUCUACAGGUUUGCAACCUUGUGUAUGACCUACUUGUCAGCCACAACGAAAUUUGGAAAGAAGUUCUCACAAAGAAUGUGUCCUUGGGCUCUGUCCUUGAAGCACUGGGAGACAACAAACUCUUCAGAUUUUACGAUCUAAUAAACAGCCUCAGAGAUGAAGUUGAGAGAAAAUUUGAAUUUUUUGAUACAUUUUUAACUUACUCAGAGUCUGUCAUGAAGAAAAAAGAUGCAUCAUAUGCUUCUAAGGAGACCUCAGAAUGCUACAGAAAGUAUGUCGGAGACUCAGCAGCCAAACACAAAGAGAAAUCUGAUCAAACCAUACAGAAGCUUAAACAAAAACUGGCUGUUACUUCUGCUGGAGUACUCUCGUGUCUUGACAGAAGAUGCACUGUAUCAGAGGUUAAACAGAUUGCUACAUGGUGGGAAGAAAUCUGUCUAAGCAAAGAUUCCACUGGAAAUGCUUUAGCCAACUACAUUCUCGCCAACAUUAUGCUGAUAAAUAAGAAUGAGUCACCAUCCAAUUCUGACUAUCAAAAUGCGUUUAGACAGACAAUGCCACUGAGCUCAAGAGAUGCACCUGAGUUUCACAUGUUAGCCCUGCUCAUAUGUUGGCCUACAGAUGACGAAGACAAAGUUGUCUCUAACCUCAAACAAUUAAUUACACAUGUUCAGCACUCCUAUGAACGUGAAUAUGAGACACUCUUUCGAUCAAGGCACCUUCGCCCUCUGUUUUUUAUUGGAAAAGGUAAAGGUCUGAGAAGAUACAUUCACAGGAGGGUCCUCGAGAUCUACUGGACAAAGGAUGCCCUAAAAGACUCAAACCCUAACUGGAAGAAUGAGAAUAUUUUUAAAGAUCCCACAGUCCAAGAACACCUUCUCAAUGUUGAAGGAGUGGUGCGAAACUACAGACUGUAUGCAACUUUCAGAAACACAGAGAUUGAGGUGGAUGUCAAUCAAAGAGACAGCCUAUGGAAAUCUGGUAAAGUUUCAUUUUACCUUGGCAUCACCAUCGGCGGUCCUGUAGCCUUUAGAAUACAGCGAAGAACUACCACAGAGGGACCUUCAGGAGACUUGAAGCUAGGAGCUUGUGGUGGUGCUACGGACCCCAGUGACUGGACAAAACUUGAACCAGAAGUCAAGAGAGUAGAUGAGGUUCAAACCUACAGCCUCCAGUCUGACGCAGGUCGUUUUGAAUGCAGCGUGUCUGCCCUGCGCUGGGUUUGUAAGGAAAAGGUCAGCUUCAAAUACCAGUUCUGCUCGUGGGAGGAACACAUGAGGAGGCCUUCAUGCAUGGAUCACAUGCCAGCAGGACCCCUACUGGACAUCACAAUCACAGCUGGGAAGUUGGAGGAGGUGCAUCUGCCACACUGGGUCUGUGUAGAUGAAAACUCUACAAUGUCAGACAUGUUUGUAGUUCUGCAUGUGGAUACCUGUGGAGAUGUUUUGGAGCAAGUGUCUGAAGUGACAUCGUCCCACGUCAAGUUACUCCGGACAACUUUCACUCCAAUCGGUGUAAUGAUCUGGAAGAAACUGGGCAUUCCAUUUCACUUUGACACGUUGAUAUACAAGACAAAAAAAGAAUUCCUCACAUUGGACAUUUACCUGGUGCCACCUGAUCCAUCCCUACAACAGGAAGUGGAAAAAAAGCAAAACUCUUGUGGAUCCAUAACAAUCCUUAAACCAGGCCCAGACAAGUCCAUGCAGCUCGGAAAUAAUUUCUCCCUCAAAACAGACAUGGGGGAUGCAAAGAUUCAACCCAGCACACGAGAGCUCAGAUAUGACAACAGAAAUGUAUUUGAGGUGUUUGUCAAAAAUGCAGACAGCGACUUCACCCUCAGGCUUGAAAGUGAGAAAGAAACUUUCUGGACCUGUACCAUCCAUAAAGGAGACUACCAAAGUCAGAGCACUGAUCACAAACAAGGCCAGCAUUUUGUGGAUCGCCAUCGGAGAGCUCUGAUUGAGAGAGUGUGCGAUACAGAAGCCAUCCUGGACAAGCUUAUGGAAAGGGGGGUGAUCUCAGAUGAGAAGUAUGAUGCUGUGAGAACUUUAAAAACCACACAACGCCAGAUGAGGGACAUUCACAAGUUUGUGACUGCAGCUGGCACCAAAGGCAAAGACGCUCUCUAUGAAAUCCUGAAAGGGAUGAGAAGUAUGAGGCCUCUCAUAAUUGAGCUUGAAGAAUCUGGAUAAAGGAACAAAACAUAAAUGGCAAAGGAAGUGCUGUGCCCUUGGACAUUUGACACAAAGGACACUGGACACAAUGUUAUCCAUCAAAUGUUUAGCCUCCCCCUUACAGGGUCAAACAGUCGAGCACUUGUCUCUGCUGUGAAAAGAGAUGCUACAGGUCAUUUAUAUCAGCUGAUCUCCAUCAGACACCUCUGAUGAAAAUAGUGAUUUCAUUUAAAGGGACCUAAAUGGCAGCACUUUGCCCCAUGAAAAAUCACUAAUUAUAGUUUUAAAACACAACCAGUUAGUGAUGGCCAAAUGAGGCCUCAUGAACCACUGUCUUUAUUUUCUGAAGCCACCAGAUGGCGCUGUCUGGUCAACAAAGGUUUGAAAGCACACUUCAUUGCAAGUCUUUCAGCCUUUAUCCAGUGCCAUCUGGUAGGGUCAGAAAAUAAAGAAUGUGGUUCACGAGGUUUCAUUUGGCCAUCACCGCCAGGCAUGUUCCAGCAGAAACAUGAUCCAACAUCAGGGAGAAUUUAACAACAUCAGCAAACAAGUUUACAUGUUUCCCUGACAUUAGCAUGUAGCUACAUGUAGCAGUGUUGUGUCAUGGCAGCUGAGGAAUGUUUUUGUAUUGCGACAUUUUCUCCCUUGAAAAAAAUCACCAGUAAAAGCUUCUAAACACAACUGAAUAUGUUGCAGCAGGAAUAUGAUCUGGAAUUGUGGAGAAAUUAACAACAAAGGCAAACAAGACCAUGUUAGCAUGUGGCUUCAUGUAGCAGUGUAGGCUAUGUAAUGUAAACAUUAGCAUUUGUAGCGUGGAGCAGAUGUCCAUAUAGAGAAAUCAGUCAUGAGUUGAUGUCAGCUUGUCUCGAAAGUCGAAAAAAAAAAACCCCCACAGGAAACAGAGUAUUCAGAAGGGUCUGAAGCCUGAGGUUUUUGCUCACAGGGAUUACUUUUACAUACUUUUACCUAAUUAUUUGAAACUUUGACCACAAUUAAUAUAAACAUCUGACACUGUAACACAAUAUAUAGGACGGAAUAAAAGGAACAGCAUAAUAGGUCUCCUUUAAGGACACUAGGUUCCUAAAACUUCAAUCAUUUGCUUGGUAUCUAUUUUAGCAUUUUGUGGUCUGGGUUUAUGAAAAAUAUGAAAAUAUUAAAUGUGUUAAGAUGACUAAAGGUCAUGCAACAUGUAAAGAAACAUGUUUUUUUAAUGGAAAAAUUUUUGAUAUAUAUUUUUUGUACUUUAAGUCUAUUUAUUACUUUAUUUUAUGUUAAUAUUGUGUUUUAAAUCAAGCGAGAUGGGUCAAGCAAACCUCGUGUGAUUGCUAAGGUCACAUCUAAGCACAUUUUUAAAGACAGAUUAUUUUGUUUAAAUGUUGUUUAAAUUGUAUAUGACACUUGUAAAUCUUUAUCAUCUUCAUCGAGCCAGAACCUGGGCAGAGCUCCAGCCAGGGUGGUCAAUUUUUUUUAUUAUUAUUCUUGUAAAAGUGUGUGAGGGAGAACACAUGACUUUUGAUGUUUCACUGUAAUGUGCUUGACUAAAAACUGUUGGAUUUGUAUGGUUAUGAAGAGACUUGAAGGUUGGUUUGUUUUUGUUUUACUUUAUUUCUUACCAGGAAUCCAACCAGGUCCCUUCAGCUAAAUGAUAAGACCAGAAUAAUCUGUACGUUGAGAGUCUUAAUAUAAAAUAGGUGAAUUAUUUCAAUCUUGUUCAUUGAUUGUUUUUCCCUUUGAACUGCUGUCUGUCAUUUUAUGUUCUCUCUGUACUGUUGUGAAAAAAAAAAGAUUAAGAAGACUAAGUAUACACUCAUCGGCCUCUUUAUUAGGUACACCUAACUAGUACCAGGUUGGACCCCUUCUGCCUUCAGAGCUUUCUUGGUGUCAUAGAUUCAACAAGGUCCUGGAAAUAUUCCUCAGAGAUUUUGGUCCAUAUUGACAUGAUAGCAUCACACAGUUUCUGCAGAUUUGUCGGUUGCAUUCAUGAUGUGAAUAAAAUCCCCCACACCAUUACAGCUUCACCACCAGCCUGAACCGUUGAUACAAGGCAGGAUGGAUCCAUGCUUUCAUGUUGUUUACACCAAAUUCUGACCCUACCAUCUGAAUGUCGCAGCAGAAAUCCAGACUCAUCAGUUCCACACAAAGACCGUGACAGUACUAUCCAGCAAAACACGUCACUUCCGUCAUGCUAGGGGCACUUCCGUCAAGCCAGAGGCUUGUGUCACGUCAGGGGCUUCUGCUCCGGGAAAAGACAGUGGACUGUUAUAUAUACAGUAUCUUUGCUCCGGGGCUGCAGCUGAAUCCGCGUCAACAACACGCCUGACCGGCGUGCAUCACAUUUAAGUGUCCCCUGGAAACACUUCCGUUGUGUUGCGGUCUAUUUGCAGCGCGUUUUUCUAAUGUGUUGUGUUGUGGUCUUUGCAUCGCUUUUUCUAAUGUGUUGUGUUGUGGUCUUUUCAGCGCGUUUUCUAAAUGCUGCGCACGUGUUGUCAAAUUGAUGAAAAUGUUUUCUCAA